UCUCUCAGUCUCUGGCUGUCACUCAGAUUGCUGUUUCACCUCCAUUAGACGCACCGACACGAACAGGAGACCUCUCAGCCAACAUGAACCUUUUCUGCUUCUCGCUGGAGGGGUCCAUGGACAGCCUGUAUGAGGCAGUGCAGAGCUCAAGUGAUGGCCCACCGCCGCCCAUCCCCAGCCGCUCCUCCAGCCGCACAUGCAGCCGAUCCUGCAGCCGCUCCUGCAGCCCAGCGGUCCUGCUGGAUGACAGCACAAAGUGGCGAGGCUCUGGGAGAUCUAUUUCUAUGGAGAUGCCUCCAGUGCCGGGGACCAACUCUAAUAAAAAGAAAAGAAGAACACACAUAUCCAAAUCUGCAUCAGACAAUGAAACGCUUGAUAACCCCGACUGUAAUACUACAGUUUGGCAGCCCGCCAAGAGCCGAGAAGAUUUAGUCCACAUCGCCAACAAUCACAAUGAAGAGAUGAGGAAGACAAAACACAGAACAGAAACCAAAGAAGGGAAAGGAGCUCAUCAUUGUGGCACAAAGAAAAAGGAGAAACCACACUCAAACCAGAAUGUCCAUGUUAACGGGGUGGCGACAGAGUCCAAGCCUGCUGUGAAAAGAAACCAAAAAACUGGGAAGAAACCAGGUGGAAAGAGUGGGAAGGAGGGGUCAAAGAAAAGUCACAACUCCACAGUGCACCCCCCAUCAUGCGCUAUGAGCCCACCCAUGGGACCCCACUAUCUGGAUGUGCCAUACAGAUCAGACAGGAGACCUUACCUGGGCAAAGCCUCCACCCUCCCUGCUCAGGAGAACACAACCCCGGGCCGAUUCACAGACGUAGCCACCCUCCCUGGUGGAGCGACGCCCACCCACACCCACCACCAGCGCUGGAGCAACCCAGGUGACAGCAGUCCCGCCUGGGGGAACAUCCAGCACACCUGCCGCAGGCCGCUCACAGAGUAUCGCGCGUACUCCCAUGACUUCAGCACGUCCCCUGCUAAGGAGUGGGAGGGGAGACAGCAGCAGGUGCCGGCCCCCAAUGACAGCUUGACAAAGGACUGUAAACCCCAGAUUCCCCCAAAGGUGCCGCGAUCUAUCACAGAUGUGGAUCUAUCAGAACCAAAUCGCUCUACCAGCUUCGGCAGGUUUGAGGGUCUCAGACAUCACUCGUCACCAGCCAAACCAGAGGAGAAUGGAACAACUAUGCUCACAGAGGAAUGUGAGACUUUGGACCCACAUAAAUCAGCUGGACUUGGGAAGAAGAUGAAGGCGAUCUCACUGACCAUGCGCAGAAAAAUGGGCAAAAAACAUGCAAAGUCUUUUUCUGAGGAGACGGGUGAUGACACAGACAAAGACCCAGAGGCAGAGACAGAGAGCAGCCCACAAACUGAGAAAACCCCUGCAAAGUCAAGCAACUCCUUAGAGAGUCUUUACAGUGGCCAGAGCUCCUCUAGUUCAGGUGGUGUGACAAGUGAGUCUAAUGGUUCAGGUCAGCGAGACAGUCUGAGGCUGGAGGAGGACGGCUCCUAUCAGGGACAGUUCUGCGGCAGAGCUCGCGUCCACACAGACUUUGUUCCCAGCCCGUAUGACACAGAUUCCCUCAAACUCAAGGUUGGCGACAUCAUCAACAUCAUCAGUAAGCCUCCAAUGGGCAUCUGGACAGGCUUGCUAAACAACAAAGUCGGCAACUUCAAGUUCAUCUAUGUAGAUGUUUUGGUGGAGAAAGAGGAAGAAGAGGAAGCACCUAAAAUUAGACAACAGAAGCUGUGCAAGAGACCUCGACCUAAAACACUGCUGGAGUUACUGGAGCGACUGAACCUCGAGGAGUACGCCUCUGCCUUGCUGCUAAAUGGCUACCAAACGGUGGAGGACCUAUUGCACCUGCAAGAGAAACACCUGAUAGAGCUGAACGUCAAAGACCCCGAGCACAGACGCAAACUUCUCACUGCUGCUGAAUACCGCUACACAGAAGGUGAUGAUGUCAAGGAUGCGGAGGAGCACAAAUCCUCCCACAGUCUACAGGAAGAAGACAGCGACUGUCCCAGAGACUCGGGCUGCUUCAUCCCAUCUGAAUGUUCAGACAGCAAAGACGACGUAGAGCAGAUCACAGAUGCUGUGGACUCAUAACGUGAUCACCUGUCAGAUGGAUACUUUGACGUUUGGAAUUCAGUGUUGGGUUUUUUCUUAUGACUUGUUGUUUCUACAAUUAUUCCUUUUAUUUUUUCAAAAUGUCAUGUGGAUAUCCCUUGUUACAACAAGCUAGUAAAAGCUUUUUAAAAGUGUAAUAGGAAGAACAACCACUAUUCUGAAUGUCAUCUUAUCCAUGUGUCACUUCAUCAAAAUAAUAAUCACGUUGUAAGUUUUGAGUUUAUUUUAUGUUGUUGAAAAAGUGACAUUUCAUUGAUUAAAUGUCACGUGUAUUUAUUGCAUUCUCAAUCAUUUAGUGUUUUUCUCUCCAAUAUAAAGCCUUUAUUUAUCACAUCUGCGUCAUUUUCACCUGUCUCAUCAAAUCUAUUCUCAAUUCAACAUCCAGUGUAUUUUUUUUUUCUCUCCCUGUAAAUGAAGUGAUGUUGAAGGGAUGUUUUGGAGAUGUAGUGUCUGGGUUUGAACAGCACAUAUUCAGAUCUUGCCUAUAUAAUGUAUACUGUACAGGAAAACAUGUAUGUUAUUUUCUGAAUGUUUGUUUGUGAAUGAGUGUAUGUGUGUGUGAGAGAGAGAGAGCCUGCGAGUGAACUCAUGCAAAAGUCAGCAUUCAACUGUUUGUGAAUAAAAUUAAAGAAAACCAAUUAAAAUAUGAUGUUUUUUUGUUAA